AUGAAUUCUAAAAACAAUCCAACUUUUGCUCAUCUAUCUGUGAUCAUUCAUUUAUUUGGUACUGUACGAUUCGUUUUUGAAAUGUCAGAAGCUGAACGUACAAAAUUUUGUGGUGUAUCAUUUGAUAAACCAUUAACACCACAAGCUGAAGAUCAACAAACACAACAACCUCGUUCUGCCAUGUUCACAUUAUGGAAUUUAGUUGCUGAUUUGAUUGAAACGCAAGAUCAGAUGCAAAAUCAACAGCAACAAAUUACAGAUUUCUAUGGUAAAACUAGUACAACCUUUCCUAGAUUAGCAUGCUUAAUGCAACUGUAUAUUAAUGCUAUGGCAAUACUUGAACGUGUUAAAGAUUUUGUUGUGUUUGCUGAAGGUGAUAAUCAGGAUUUGAUCAUCAAUGAGGAUUUCGUAAGGAAUGUAGAUAUGAUAAUAAAAAAAGAUUAUCAUAAAUAUGACAAAACAUAUUUACCACGUACAGAAGUUAAUCAAGAAAUAGUAGAUCCGAUGAUAUUUGUUCAAAAAGAAGCUAUAGUAGCAGCAUGGAGUUGGUAUGAGCAUCACUUAAAUAUAGCUACAAAAUUAUUUACAAUUGAUCAUAAUUUUCCAAUUAAAUCAAUGAUUGCACCACCAUCGAUUUCACCUAAACAGAAAACAUUAAAACAAUUAAUUAUGUAUUUGGAUUUCAAUAUUUUUCCAUUAUCAGCAAUAAGUUGUAAACAUCCUGUUACAGAAAAAACAGGUAUAAUUAAGAAUAGACCAGCGUUAGGUGAACGAGCACUUCAAGAAUUAAUGAAUGAUCACUUACUCAAAUUUAAUUAUUUUUUGACUGAUACUCGUGGUCGAAAUGUAAAAUCCUAUAUGAAAGCACCAGUACCGCCUGGUGAUGAUCCGACACGAGAUCAAUUUAUCAAAAACUUACUGAAACAUGACAUAGAUGUUAAUGAAUAUUGUUCAAUUUAUGAAUCAUCUACAAUUCCACCAAAUAAUAAUCUUUCAAAUUUAACAUUAGAAAUCUUUGAACAUAGUGCAUGUUUUGUAAAUGAAUAUUCAAAAUAUCAAGUCCAACUAAAUAUUGUAAUUCGAAAACAUAUUGAAAAUUGUGUUGUUCGAGAAGUUGAACAAGGAAAUUUUAUUAUUCAAAAUGCAAAUGCAUUUACUCGUCAAUUUCAUCAUAUUGAAAGUUUAGUUUUAGGUGCUCAACCAAAUCAAGUAAAUGGUAAACGCCAAUCUGUGAAUAUAAUAAAUCAAGCAAAUAAUUCAACAGUACAAUCUAGACAUACAACAGCACCUAUAGUCAAUGUUUUUCAUGAUGCAGUUGAAAAAAGUCAAGAAACACAACGUGAUAGUCCAAUAAAAACAUCAUGUGAUCCACGAGAUACUGAUAUAACAGAAACUUUCAUGGCUGAAGGAGAUGGUUUAUUAUGUGAUAUUCAUAAUUCGUCUAUAACAACGCGUGAAAAAUUAGUUGAUGGUAGAGAUGAAUAUUCUGAUAUAUCAACACAAAAAAGCUUAACAGAAAUCACCAAUAAACAUGAAAAAGUAACCGAACAAGCAGUUAAAAAAGUAAUGCAAAGCGUAAUGAGUGGAAAAUCUGUGAUUUAUACCAAGACAGAUUUAACCAUGCUAUGUAACAAACCACAUAUUCGUCUAGAAGCAGUAAAACGUUUAGUUACAGCUAAUCUGCUUCGAUAUGAAGAUUACUUUUGGGUCGAACCAACUCGUGCAAGAAAACAAACAAAAACAGAUUCUAAACGUAUACUUCGUCCAGGAUGGUUAAAAAAAUGCCCAGCUUCUAAUUCAAAUGUAUCAAAAUUUGAUUUUAUAGAAUCCCUACAAAAACACGUAAAUCUUAGUUAUGAUGAUUUUUUAAAAUCAUUUUAUCCUCAUCAAAAAGAGAAUAUUUUUACGAACAACAAUUGGACAUUAUCAGAUGAGCUAAUUGAAAUAUUUCAAUCAAAUAUAUUUUAUAAAGAACACGUACGAUACAAUAUUCAACGAUUUCGACCAGGUGAUGUGAUGACUAAUGAGUUAGGUGUGGAAAAUCAAUUACAAACAUCAUUGACACCGAUCUCACAUUUGAACAAUUUUCAAGAAACAACAACAAAUGAUAAUCUACAAGAGAUAUCACCACAACAAAUAAUUGAUAAUAAUAGUGAAGAGGAGGAUAUGGUUUAUACUUGUCCAUUGUCUACAGGUGGCAAAAGAAAAAUUGGAUCUAAUAUAAAUUUUCAAGAAUAUCCAAGACGUAUACAACCAAGAAGAAUGAAGAAAAACUAA